GCGCGUGUCACAACCGCAAAGCUACUACCGCUGCGCCGUAUCUGACACUCUCAUUCACCACGAUAUUCAGCUGCUAUACCCUCCAGCAUGCUCGCUGCACCAACUUCCGGAUGAUGAAGUUGACUUGGCCUCGCCGGGCGAUGACCCCGGGAAAUCAGCUGCAGCUGAUGCAUAGGCUGGAUUGGGGCCACACAACCGCCGGAUUCAAGGCUGUACAGGCACUCAAGACGACUGCGAACACGACGGUCAGUCCAGUGAACCAACUCAUCAUUAACGACGGCAUUCCUGUCAGGCGUGGGUUCUAUGAGCUAAAGGAAUCAGCAAACAAUGAUGUCAACAAUGAGAGUGACGCGCAAGGCUCGAGCUCAGAUGAUACGCGGCAUAGAUUUCUUCUUUUUAAUGAUACAGAAUUAGCACUUUUGAACAGAAGAAGAUGCACCAUCGUCAACUAUGAUGGGAUCCCGAUUCCUGCGUACUCCUCUCGAGGAAAAACGAUCCCACCGCGGGAGUACGAGGCUCGUCUGUGCGGCGCAUUGGUCUCCAUCAAGGCCGCCAUCACGCAUCAAGUUUUAGGAAGGAACAACUUGAAGACCGGCAAUUUCUUCACGUACAUAGGUGAAAUGUGAGUUAUUUGGAAUGCUCACCCACAGCUGACCUCACCAUCCAAAGUACAAGUUCAAGGUGUGAA